AUGUAUAACUGGAACUCAGCAGAGCUCCGGCUCUGGGAGUUGACUAGAGCUACAGGAGGUGGCUGCAGGACACAAGCAGAGGACAAUGGAGGGGCAUGGAUGGUGGGACGGAUGAACAAGACGCAGACCUUGGUAGUGGCGAAAGAUGUCCGCCUGCGUGAAUGGAUCGGAACUGCGACAUCAGGGUAUGUGGAAGUUGUUUUAGAACCGGAUUAUCUGACACGUACUAAACGGUCAACUGCAGCAUGGCUCUGGCAUUUGUCCGGGAUAGUCCAAUUAUGGUUGAGCGUUGAGCUAAGGCUCUGA